AUCGUUAGUAAAUUAAAUGAUAAAAUAUUUUGACGACCAAACCGACUGUCAGGCCAAUAGCUAUCAGCGGCUAACUAAGCCGUUGAUUGAGAAGCGGCGCAGAGCUCGCAUUAACCUAUGUCUUAUGCAGCUCAAGGAGAUGGUCAUCGACUCGGGCCGUCAUUAUAUUCAGAAUCCUAAAUGCAAGUAUGAAAAGGCCGAUAUACUGGAGCUGACUGUCGAGUAUCUGCAGAAUAUGCACUUCAAACAGAAAACGGAGACAAAUGAGACCAAACAGUCGUUUAAUGCCGGGUUUAAUGAGUGCCUAAAACAAGUACAACAUUUUCUCAAAUGUCUGCCGCUGUCUGAUAAGAUCAACAAUGCUAACAAUAAAAACAGUACACAAUCUACCAGUGCUGACAACAGUAGUACCGCCGCUGUUGAACAACGACAACUCAUUUCUGAAAAACUCUUAUCGCAUCUGGAUUUCUGUCGUACAGAGCUUACGCACAGUGAUGUCUAUGAAGACCUCCCUCCCUCCCAACCUCGACCCGAGCACUCGAUGGACAUACAAAACAGCCAUAACCUCAACAACGAGCGAUACUAUGACCAGAAUAUACUUAACUCCCAACCAAACGGGUUCAGUGUUAUACACCAUACCCGUGACUACUCGUCCUCUAUAUCGAGCACCAGUAGUAAUUCGAGUACCCGUACUGUAUCGCCACCGAUGUCACCCGAACCAAUCAGACACCGGCCGACAACAGCCAAUAGUCAUUCGUUGUCAACGUCACCGCAAUUACCGUCAGAUUUUAUACCAGAAUUUCGCGGAUUAAGGGCAAACAGUUUGGGACAGUAUGAACACAAUGGCAGGUGCUAUGAAUUAGGCGCUGAUGGCGUAUGGAGGCCGUGGUGAUGGUUGAAUUGAACAUUGGCAUAUAAAUCCUGAUUUUGUAUAUAGUUAUAAAUAGAUAAUUUUGUUUUAAUUAUAUCAUACUGAUA